AUGAUGGUAGCGGUGAUGGUACCGGUGAUGGUAGCGGUGAUGGUAGCGGUGAUGGUAGCGGCGAUGGAGCACAACAAGGCUCGGCAGGAAGUGGGUGUGCCCGACCUCGCAUGGGACGACGGAGUGGCAGCAUCGGCAGCGGAGUGGGCGAGUGAAUUGGUGUCGCUCGGCUGCCCUCUGGAGCACGGCGGAGCAGAGGGGCUCGGGCAGAACCUCUACUGGCUGUCGCCCGCUGCUCUCACCCCGGAGGAGGACCGUGGGGCGGUGCAGUCAUGGGUGGAGGAGAAGGCGGACUGGACCCCCAGCCCCAUUCCCGACGGGUGUGCGGAUGGCAAGAUGUGUGGGCACUACACGCAGGUGGUGUGGCGCGACACCACUCAUGUCGGCUGCGCCUCUGCUCAGUGCCCCGAUGGCUCCGGCAUGUGGGUCUGCGACUACUCGCCCCCAGGCAACUUUGACGGCGAGACUCCAUUUUAG